AUGGAUCAUGUUAUUGGAGGCAGGUUCAAGCUGGGGAGGAAGAUUGGUAGCGAAUCUUUUGGAGAGCUUUAUUUGGUGGAAGCUGCUCGCAAAGCAUUCUUCAGAAAUGGUGGCAAAGAUUGGUCAUCCGCAACUGGGGCCCACCGAGCCAAGUAUUUACGAGCCAUCGCUGCUAAGCCAAUCGCUCUGCAACUGAUCUUUCUCUCUCUAGAAUCGCCAUCCGGCGCGCUCGAUAUUCCCCCGCCUUCCUCCGUUUUGGCCGCUCCAUCAAACGGCAAAUUACAGGAAGUGAUUAAAUUAGGGGAAGGGGUUUUAAAGCAGCCGGAAGAUGUUGCCGUUGAUAAAUUGGGGGUUUUGUAUACAGCAACCAGAGAUGGUUUUAUCAAAAGAUUGCAUAAAAAUGGAACCUUGGAAAAUUGGCGCCAAAUUAACAGUGAUGCUUUAUUAGGGCUAACUGUUACAGCUGCUGGUGAUCUAAUUGUUUGCGAUGCAGACAUGGGUUUGCUUAAGGUUAAUGAAGAUGGUGUGACUGUUCUUGCAUCACAUCUUAAUAAUGGUGUUCAAAUAAGUUUUGCAGACGAUGUGGUGGAAUCGUCGGACGGUGUACUGUACUUUAGCGUCGCGAGCACGAAACACGGCUUCCACAAUUGGCAACUCGAUGCCCACGAGACGAAACCUAACGGUCAGCUCGUAAAAUACGACCCUUCGUCGAAUGUAGCGUCUGUUGUUCUUCAUAACCUCGGAUUCGCAAAUGGUGUCGCCUUAUCUGCGGAUCAAGAUUACUUGGUUGUCUGUGAAACAUGGAAAUAUAGAUGUUUGAAAUAUUGGGUUGAAGGAGAUUUAAAAGGGCAAACAGAGAUAUUCAUUGAUAAUCUCCCUGGUGCUCCUGAUAACAUAAAUCUUGCUCCAGAUGGCUCAUUUUGGAUUGCCUUGAUACAGUUGAGGCCGAGAUUUAUGUACGUGUCGUGGGCAUUAAAAUACGUAAUCCGGGUUUUCCCGAGGUUGGGAAAAUGGAUGAUUGGGCUACAGAACAAAGCAGUGGUAGUGAAUAUAGCUAGUGAUGGCAGUGUAGUACGGAGUUUUGAUGACCCGACGGGAAAGAUGAUGUCUUUCGUGACGUCUGCACUAGAGUUUGAGGGCUAUUUGUACUUUGGGAGCCUUCAAAAUGAUUUCAUAGGCAAAUUACCUUUGACAACUUCAUCAGCAUAUUAGGCAAUAGUAAUUGCGAUUUAGUAUUAUAAGUCGUCGUCUUAUGUAAUAUACGUGUUGUAUUUCAUAGGUAAACUAGUACUUCAUCUGUGAGUUGCAGGAGAAUAAAUUUAUAUUUGAAAAAAAAUUGAUUGUAAAAAAA